AGAAGUAAAUAUAAGCGGUCGGAAUAAAUUACUGAUAAUUAAUACACCCGACAUCUGUGAAUGGAAUCUUCGGAACUGAUCGGACCUUUCCGAUAUCGAUCAAGCAACACGAAGGGAACUUUAAGGUUUCUUUAUUUACUUCAACGACAUAUGGUGGUAGCCGCGCUGUACGUAUAGCUAGAAACGUCGCCAUUACAAAUUUAUAACAGAGCUACAAGGUGCGCGAAAAAUCUGCUCCUCUUCAUGGAUUGAUUUGAUGUAUUCGGAUGGAUUUUUGCAAAGCGGAUUACUCUCCGUUGCGUACGAUUUUUAACCAGAUAAAAAUGUUUAUUCUUUUCUACACUAAUCAAUUAAACAAAGGGCGAGAGGGAGCAUAAUUACACAGAACAAAUGAUUAUGUCGUUUGGAUAAUCUUCAGUGGUUGUUUAGUUCUUGAGUGAGAUGGUUUUUUCACUGGACCGUCUGUUUGCCCGAUUUUCCUGAAACAACAAGAGAAUUUUUUUUUCAUGCGGCGCCGGUGCUAUUCCCCGGAUCCGAUGAAAUGACUAAGAACCAAGAGUUGCUUCCCUUUGGUUCAUUGAACGGUGUCUAUAUUCAGUGAUGUGGAUCCGAGGCCUGGUUUUUAUUUUCCUUCUGUCACAUUUGUCAUUGUGCAUGAAAACUCAACACAAAGUCGGUAUUUUGGAGCAGCAAGACAUAUCAUUAAAAGAUAUCCAAUCCUUUCUCGUUAAACUUGAUCCUUAUCACGAAGUUGAUCUUCUGCGCAUUCCAGUUACGCAACCGGAAAUGACUUUUGACAACAUAGAAAAUGCUUCUAACUUUCUUAACAAAAAUAAUAUAACAGCUGUCAUUGGGGCGUAUAGUGAAACUUACGUGCAGGCCGCCUGUUUUCAAAGAGUUCCUUACAUCGUCACUUCCGGUGUCCCUCAUGACGUAGUAGAAAGUCCCUUUUUACUGAAUAUUCAACCUGGGAUACCCACCUUCGCUUUGGCAAUUAAUGACAUUGUGACCUAUUUUGGAUGGAAAAGGGUCGCUGUUGUUUAUGAUUGGGAAGAAGAUAUAUUGCCUCUUCACAUGUUUCGUCCUCCAAUGAUGUCUUUGCUGAUAGAUAGGCACCCGACUGACCUUAAGGCAUACAACAUACGUCAUAACACGUCAGAUUCCUACGUCAGGGGAAUACUUAAAGAUCUUCGAAAUAGAUACAUUGACCGAAUAAUACUUCUAUGUUCAUCAACUAAUACAAACAUUGUUUUAACCCAGGCCUUAUAUCUAAGCCUGCUUUCCCGUCCAUAUGCUUGGCUAGUUGCAAAUGUUGGGACAGACGUGGCUGCCUUAGACGAUUAUUUGGAUUCCCGUGCAAACCUGACGUCACUUCUAAUCAUGACGAACGGUAGCCCGGAUGAUUGUGCCUUGGAGAAGAAGAAGGAGUCUCUGUCCAAUGCCGUCCUUCACGACGCUUUUAAAGUUUACAUGAAUAUAAUAGACCACCACGCUAAUCAAAGCAGACUUCAAAUGAGAAAAGCUCUAAGAAAAAACGAAUUAGACAUGACAAAUAUUCAAGUUCACGGUUGUACUGGACAGCUUUCUUUCUCAAAAAUGGGCGUCAGAAACGAGACAUAUUUACAAUUAAAAUCUUUAGGAACGAGUAGAAAUGGAACGACAAAUCUAUUUCAGUACGGAACUUGGAGAAGCGGCAAGGAGAGGCUGUAUGAACGCAUCAAACCCUCGCAAACAUAUAGGUCAAUGAUGAAAAAAGACGAGGAAGAUGUGUUCGGAGAUGAUCGUGUUCGAGUCACAACAAUCCUGGAAGCGCCCUUUGUUCAAUGGAAGAAUGAUUCCGGAUGUGGAAACAAAACUACAGAUAUUGGAGAUCAACUUGAGGGGUUUCUUAUUAGUAUAUUUGAGAAGCUUGCUGAGGACCUAGGCUUCUCAUACAACAUAAGUCUGGUUCCGGACGGGAAGUACGGAAGUGACAAAGGACCGCCACGUGGAUGGACCGGAAUGGUCCGGCAACUUUUGGAUGACAAAGCUGAUCUUGCUCUGGCACCCUUUCAAAUCACACCUUCACGAUCCAGAGUUGUGGACUUUCCCAAACCAUUCAUGACUAAAGGAACAAGUCUAGUUGUGCGAAAACCGGAAAGAAGUGUGUCCCCGUUUCAGUUUCUCAUGCCCCUGUCCCAUGUAGUAUGGAUUACUAUAUUUGUGGCAUACGUAUUCACUGCUUUGAUGCUUUUUGGAGUAAGUCGGAUAAAUUGUGAUAAACAUGACCGAUGCUUGAACAACUUCAAUGAGAGUUUCUGGUAUAUAUGGGGUACGUUGUUACGUGGAAAUCUUCAACGGUCCCCAACCGGAAUUUCAAGUAGAAUAGUCAGCAGUACAUGGUGGUUCUUUUCAUUGAUAGUGAUUUCUGUGUACACGGCCAACUUGGCGGCUUUUCUUACCAUUUCUAAUGCUCACAUGCCUAUAACGUCUGCCGCCGAUCUUCCAAAACAGAGUGAUUAUAAUUAUGGUACAGUUGAAGGAAGCCAGAUAGAGAACUUCUUCAGCCAAACAAACAUAAGUCACUACCAGCAAAUGUAUGCUCAUAUGAAAAUAACAGAAGGAGCUAUUGUGAGGCGAGUGGAAGACGGUUUCAGAAAAGUACGCGACGAAAAGUACGCUUUUCUUUGGGAUUCUCCAAUAAUUCGCCAUGCAAUUUCUAGUGAUUGUAGUUUAAUGGAAAUAGGAAGUCCGUUUGACCUAAAGGGGUAUGGAAUGGCAGCACAAAAACAUUCACCUUUCACAGAGAAACUUUCCCUUGGAAUAUUGAAAUUGAACGAUAAUGGAGUGUUGUAUAAGCUGGAGGGGAAAUGGUUUGGGAUUCCUACCUGUCCCGACCCACGAUCCAGCGCCAAGAGCCAGGAAAUAAAGAUGGGAGUGGCCUCUGGAAUGUUCUAUGUACUCGCGGGAGGGUUGGUUCUAGCCCUCACUGUGUUUGUCAUUCAGUGGGUGUAUUAUAGACGUUCAAAAAACGAGGAGGUUCGUGGGAAGAAGCACGAGCAAAAUAAUAAGACAGAAGAAAAUAAUCUACAUAAUCAUGUGGACAGAAAUACCUCGUCCGAUCUCGGCAAAGACCGGGACGAUGAACUUAUCACUGUGUUGACUAGGACGUUAAGUAUUGGAGAAAAUUCGAGCCACAGCAGAUGGCAAGGGGAACAUCUCUAAGAACAACAAAGAAAACCAUCACGAACACCAUCACAGUGUCUUCCACGCACAGGGUUCUCCUUAAAAUUGUGAUUUAAGUGCACCGUUGUUGUCAUCAUCGCAUUGUUUGGUACAGAUUUAACAUGAUCAUUGUGGGUUUAAACGUGUACGAGUCCAUUUUGUCAAAUAAUAUCAUUCUCAUAUUGCACUCUUUGAGGAGUAAACUUGGGUAACAAGGAAGUGAAGCUGACUGGGAACAUACGACAAAUAUGCAAAUUUAACUUGUUGUAGUUUUUUUGAUGUACAUGUAUAUAUAUAUAUAUAUAUAUAUAUAUAUAUAUAUAUAUAUGUGAGUACAUGUGUGUGCAAAACUUUAACUCAUUUUAUCAUCUCUCUCAGGAAUUUUUCAUUUAUUGUUUUCGUAAACUUCAUUGGCUUUUGAUUUUUGUUCAUGAUUUUCCAGUUCUUGUAAACCAAUGUAUAGAAUUAUGCAUUUAAGGUUUGAACUGUUUUUCAUAUCAUGCUGAAUAUGAUGAAAUUUUAUUGACAGGUUCAAAAUAAUCAUUUACAUGUAACGUCAGAAUUUUUAUACAUUAACUAAUAUUUCAUUUAUUGUUGAUUUGCAUCAAAUCUGUUUAUCAUUAUUAAGUAAGGCACGGUCAGUAAACUGCAACAUACAAAAUGCACAUGUUACUCUUACGCAAUUAAAUGCAAUUUGAUUAUUAAAUUUCCUAAGUUUACUAUCUUCAGCAUUUUUUUCAAAGGGGACAUUUAUUGAAAUGUAACUGAUGUUUCUAAGUCGUCUUACAAUUGGGUUUAUUAACGUUCUUUAGUUAAUUACUAGUUCUUCUGAGCAAUAGUAAAGCAUUUACCACGAACCUCCUUCUCUCUCUCUCUCUCUCUCUCUUUGUCUCUCUCUCUCUCUUUCUCUCUCUCUCAUCAUUUGUCAAUAAUUUUGUAUUAUAUGUACCUAUUUAUCCGGUGUAUUUAUAUCAUUGGAAUUUAAACUAAGUGUUUUAUGUAUAACAUAGUGUCAAAUAAGCAAUACAUGAACAAUUUCUUUUUUGUGUCAAGAAUUACGAAAUGGGCAUAGCAUAACUAUAAUUACAAAAUGUAUCCUUUUUCUAUUAUGUUACAUUUGUUUUGGCAAAACGAUUUGAUAUGAUAUAAGGCAGUUAACACACAGUAAAAAAACGAUAUGCAGAGAACAAAAAUGUAAUAAAAAGAAAGUUAGGAAUUUUAUUGGAAUUCACGUUUUUUUUUAGAAAUGCAGUAUCUUGAAUUUUAUUCUCCAUUGUUUAGAUUAAAAAUAAAACGCAAUUCGUUAACAGAUCAUCUAUGAACAGAUCAUCAGAAAUUGUAUGACACAAAAGCGAAAUUUCGAUUUCCAUGCUUAAAAUGAAAAUACGUUGUGGUCUUAAGUGUGAUAAUUGUUUACCCGGCAAACUGCGAGACUGUUUAAAAUUUUAAGGUAAUGAACUGUUCCUCUAUCAUAACGAGAAGUUUUAAGAAGGCUCGAUGGUCUUGGCCAUAUUAGACUGCAUUGAUCUCCUUUUCAAGAAGAGUUCUAUAUAAAAAUAUAGGAAAAUAUCUAAAUAUAAAAAUUUAAUUUUACGGAUUUUUUCUUUUGUUAAGUAGUGUAUAGGUAAUCACAUUAUAUCCUAAAAUUUUAUAAAAAAUAUGAUAGUUCAUUUGUUGACAAGCGAGCCUCCUUAAAUCUCUGACCUUCGUGUUUGGUAUUCUUAAACAAUGCUGUAUGGUUAUAGUUAUUUAUAACGCUGGGUAUUUUUUAAAAACUCGAUUUGAACUUGCAAAUAUAAGCAUAAACUUUAAGAUUUUUUAUUUCUAUUCUAUCUUCUUUUUUCAUUUGUCACUUUAUAUUUACUUAGUUUAAUGACAUCACCUUAGGUUUCAUAUUUGUUAUAUAGUAGGUGAUAAAAUUACGAAAUUUGAACUUUGAUAAAUUUAUGUGCCUUAAUAAAAUGUUUUUACUUACA